AUUCCUUUCCGGGAGCGUUUUCAGUCAGCAAGUCACAGCACCUGCUUAGACAGCAGAAGGGAGCAGAAGUUCUGUGUAGUGACUCCAAAGAACACGAGCAAGGCGGAUACAUUUCAUGGAAGUAAAGGUCUACUAACGUUAGCUCAGUGGCGAAAAUUUAUAGUUGCGCGCCGGCUCAUAACCAAAUAUCGUCUACCUCAUUUUGUUGUUUUUCAUAGUAUUUUAUUCAAAUGUUUAACAAUUUGAGGGUUUGCUGCUCGUAUUAGCUAGCGAGCUACUUUACCACCAGUAGCCUACCUGUACAUGUUGGUUAUUAACCGCUCGCUGUAGUUACCAGAUAUUAACUAGCUAAUGCUUUUGCAUCAGUUUGUGAACGGAGCCCUGGAAGCUAUGCAUCCAACAAUUCAAAAAGACACUACUUUUACAAAGAUUUUCGUGGGCGGUUUGCCGUACCACACCAACGAUGCCUCUCUCAGAAAAUAUUUCGAGGCGUUCGGGGAGAUCGACGAGGCUGUGGUGAUAACGGACAGGCAGACUGGCAAAUCCAGAGGAUAUGGCUUUGUGACCAUGACAGACCGGGGGGCUGCUGAGCGGGCGUGUAAGGACCCCAACCCCAUCAUCGACGGCAGGAAGGCCAACGUCAACCUGGCUUACCUGGGAGCCAAGCCUCGCAGCCUGCAGACAGGUGAGCGGGAGAGAGGUUUCUCUCUUGGCAUGCAGCAGAUCCACCCAGCCCUCAUCCAGAGGCAGUAUGGGCUUGCUCAGCAGUACGUGUACCCCCAGGCCCUGGUGCAGCCCAGCCUUCUGAUGCCGUCCCAGCUGUCCUCCCUCAGCUCGCCCUACCUGGACUACAGCGCCGCCUACGCCCAGUACGCCUCGUCUGCCUUCGAGCAGUACCCCUACGCCGCCUCCCCGGGCUUCCUGGGCUACGGCUACGCCCCCAGCUCCUCCGCCCAGGGCCCCGGCCCGGCCCCCCUGCAGCAGGCCCUCCAGAGCGGGGCCAGCCAGCCCACCGCCUUCCUCCAGUACCCCCCCCAGCAGGUGCAGCCGGACCGCAUGCAGUGAGCGGGGGCAGGAACGCCAUGCAGACGAGCAGUGACAAUUGCACUAUGACAUCAGGAUGAGAAUCUGUUACUGAGGAGACUGUGAUCACACCAAAGGGCUUCCCCAGAAACACUCAUGUUCUUCAAUUUGUUGCUAUUAUUAAUAUUGUUAUCAUCGUUAUUAUCAUUAAUGUUAUAAUAAUAAUCAUUGUAUAAAUGGUGACCUCACCCAUGUCAGUUGCCAAAUGCAGCCGUGUGUUUGAGCUGCGAGAGAACAGUGGGGGGGUUCUGAGAACAGCAGCCCCCACUGAGGGAGGAGGGGCGACGGCCCUGCUGCCUGGUUACGGCGAUGAGUGGCGGCUUCCCUGACCAAUAUGCUGCAAAAACCGGGAGGCAACCUCCGCGCUCAUGCCCCCUCCUCCUCCAGGCACUCGGCCAAUGAGUGAGCCACCCUCCGAGGGACACCGCGGGCGAUCACCACGUCAGGAAUACGAGGCCUUAAAAACUGCUAUUUCACUAGUUUUACAGCCCCUCACUGUGAAUGUCUGUGGCCAUUUUUGAUACAGGAUUCUUUAAAGAUUUCUACCAUUUCUGAGGCUGUGUUCACCUCUUAUUCUUAGUAAAUUAUUGUAGGUGGAUGUAGAUAAUCACAACUGAUUAAUAUGCAAUUAAGCUGGGGGCAGUACGAGAUGAGGGUAAAAAUGUAUAAGGUAGUUGACACUGUAAUAUCUAUGUAUUUUAUAUAACUGUUAAUCUAAGAUAAUCAUGCCAAUGUUGCUUUUUAAAACGACAUGUAUGUAUACCAUUUUAGGAAAUUGCUGCAAUUGAGGUAAAUUACAGUAUUUAUGUUUAAAAUAUUUAAAGAUGCAUAAGUUACAAACUUGCUCUGGAUAUUUUGUAGUUUUAUUUAAAAGUUUGUCCAGAGGAAAUGGAUGGAAAGUCCUCUGCAACUGGAACGUGCCGUUUCUUGGCUGACUCAUAACACACACAAUGGCACGUUUCUGAAGGAUUUCUUUGUCACAGUUGCAGCCUGCUGACACCGUAGUCCUUGGAGCAUUUCAGUACCAUGCUAUUUAUGUACAAUGAAUCCAUGCAAAAAAAGAUAAAAAAAUAAAGGAUUUGUAAAUACAA